AUGUCCUGCUCCAGCCUGUGUGCCCCUUCCUGUGGGGUGGCCGCCCCAUGCCCAGUGGCUGACACCACCAACGAGCCCUGCGUGCGCCAGUGCCAGAGUUCCACAGUGGUGAUCCAGCCCCCAGCCACGGUGGUCACCUUCCCUGGACCCAUCCUCAGCUCCUUCCCACAGCACAGUGCUGUGGGCUCAGCUGGAGUCCCUGCUGUUGCUGGGGGCUACGGUGGCAGUUAUGGUGGCUAUGGUGGGUUCGGAGGCUAUGGUGGCUAUGGAGGCCUUGGUGGCUAUGGUGGCUACGGAGGCUUUGGAGGCUGUGGAUAUGGAGGCUGGGGCCGAGGCCUCCUGUCCUUUGGUUCCGGCUGUGGGAGCUGCUAA